UUUACUAACUUCGUCCUCGCUCAGUCGCCCUCCUUGAACCCUAGAAAAGCACCCGAGGAGAGGGGGAAUAUUGCAGAAACCAACAAGCGAUCGAUGUCUCUGUCUUCCUCUCGGGCGAUGGCAGGAACGGAGGCUGUGACCCUGGAGAGCUUGAGGAAGAAAAUGGCAGAUUUUGCAAGGGAGAGAGACUGGGAGCAAUUCCACAGCCCCAGAAACCUCCUCCUUGCCAUGGUAGGAGAGGUCGGGGAGCUGUCGGAGAUCUUCCAGUGGAAAGGUGAGGUGGCCAAGGGGCUACCGGACUGGGGCGAGGAUGAGAAGCAGCACCUGGGGGAGGAGCUCUCUGAUGUGCUGCUCUACCUCGUGAGGCUCUCAGACAUGUGUGGGGUGGACCUGGGGAAGGCUGCCCUCAGGAAGCUGGAUCUCAAUGCCGCCAAGUACCCUGUCCACCUCUGCAAGGGCUCCUCCGGGAAGCACACCGACAAUCCUUCCGAUGCAAACGAGAAUCCCAAAAGUGGUGGAGGAGCCACAGAGGGGCUCUGAAACACCACCUAGGGUUCUAGGCUUACUGUAGUUUUCGUGUGGUUGGUACUGUUUCUUGUUCUUGCAUUGCAUGGGCACCAUCUGGGUUGGUGGUGCAGCCAUGGCGUACUGCGAAGGCUAAUAGAUAAAACAUAAUGUCGUCACUGUUACUUAUCUUUUAUGCUGCUAAAUGCUUCAGAGAUGAAGCCUUUUGUCAUGAUGUCUAGGUUUCUCUUGGAGGAGUUCGUAGUUGAUGUACACUAAAUUCUGCCAUCAUAAUUGGGGGCCUGCAAAAGUAGGACUGGUCAGAGAAAUAGAGGGAUCUAAUCGGGGACACUAUUCAGAGGCUUCUUGCUGCUAUUUGGUACUACUAAUGCUGAAGGACUCCUUUUUGUAGGCAGUCCAAUUAAUUUCUUUUGGCACUUGAUGACUGUUCUUUUUCUGCAUUUGUAAGUUGCUUCUGUGGUAGAAAGGCCCUUUGUCUGGUGGUUGUCUGAUCCAAAGUCCAAAGAGAGUUUGCAUGGU